AUGUCAACCGAUGUGCCCCCACUGCCGCCGCACGAUUCCAUUCAAGCCGACCUAGACGAGAACGAUGAUCCACAUGCCCUCAACACAUUAUCAAAAUUCACUCUCUUCGAAACCAGAAGUCGAUUCUACAUAACCGCCUCGACGGCUGAUACACACCGUGUACUCAAAAUCGAUCGGACGGACCCUGCUGUAUUGAACGUAGUGGAAGAUGCGACGGUGUAUGAUAGCGCUGAGUUGGACUUACUAUUGAGGAUGGUCCAAGAUGGUAAUAAGAGUCAAGGAGGACUCGAGAAAGUACUGGAAUUUCAUGGUAUUGUCGGUUUCGUCAAAUUCACCGCCGGAUGGUAUCUUAUCCUAAUCAGCAAGAGAUCUGUGGUGGGACUUCUGGGAGGACAUUACAUUUACCAUUGUGACGAAACAACGCUUAUCACAAUCGCCAGCAAAUCGGAACGCACAGCCCAAGAGACCAAGAUGCUACACACUUUUCAACAUGUAGAUUUGACCAAGAAUUUCUAUUUUUCAUACUCUUACGACAUCACCAAUUCGCUUCAGACCAACUUGACUGUAUCUCCCUCGAACCGCCGCUGGAAUACCAGAUUUAUGUGGAACCAUUAUCUCCUUUCCCCUGCUUUCGAUCUGGAAGACCCAAAAGGGAGGAGUAAAUGGGUAUUGCCACUCAUAUACGGAUUUCUGGAUCAAGCCAAGAUCAAUGUCUUCACAAGGACUGUCUACCUGACAUUGAUAGCGAGAAGGUCAAGACAUUAUGCAGGAGCAAGAUUCUUGACUAGAGGUGCGAACGAACAUGGUCAUGUAGCAAAUGAAGUUGAGACUGAACAGAUAGUAUCUGAACCAUUGGCAACUCCCUUUGGUACUCGCAACAAAUCUGAUGAUGCACGCCCAUUAUCUGAUCAUGGAGCUGGAUAUGGAGCAUAUACAAGUUUUCUACAGUAUAGGGGUAGUAUACCUGUCAUGUGGCACCAGGAAAGUAAUCAGAUGACACCUAGGCCACCUAUAGAAAUCACGAUCAAAGACCCCUUUUAUACACCCGCUGCCAAACACUUCGAUGAUCUCCUUGGUCGAUACGGUGCACCGAUCUUCAUCUUGAAUUUGAUCAAAUCUCGUGAGACGGUACCGAGGGAAAGCAAGCUGUUAGCAGAAUAUGGUCAAUGUGUAGAAUACCUCAAUCAAUUCUUGCCUGAGGGGAAGAAGAUGACAUAUAUAGCUUGGGAUAUGGCUCAGGCUGCUAAAAGUGGUCAUCAAGAUGUCAUGGGAGUCCUGGAGGAUAUAUGCGAGGAAGCUCUACAAGCUACGAAUUUCUUCCAUGGUGGUCCAGCAAGGAACGAGGUAGGAACUGGUCCUUAUCGUGAUAAACCAUUGUUACAACAUGGUAUCCUUCGAGUGAACUGUGUAGAUUGCUUAGAUCGGACGAAUGCAGCGCAAUUCGCGAUAGCCAAACGAGCAUUUGGUCAUCAGCUAUAUGCAUUGGGAUUGAUAAGCACACCACAUCUACCGUUCUCAUGCGAUGCUGUUGAUGUCUUGACAGAGAUGUAUCAUGAUCACGGAGAUACUCUCGCAUGGCAGUAUACUGGGAGUGCUCUGGUCAAUAGAGUGGAUACGUACAGGAGGACGAAAGCCGCUCAGUGGAGUAGUCAUUCGAGGGAUCUAUUAGAAAACAUCAGACGGUUUUACAACAAUUCCAUGCUUGAUGCGGAUAAGCAGUCGGCGAUCAACUUAUUCCUUGGAGUCCAGCCUUCACCGCCCACGUAUGACUUGGCUCGACCGAACUACAAGCAAUGGUUCACUCCAUCACACUUAGAAGAACCCAAAUCUGAUGAGCUGGCACCCAUCAAUCAGGUAUACAAGGAGUAUUACAAGCCUCAUAUCCUAAGUCAAUUCGGAAGAUUGUACGCCUUCACGAUGAAUUCGACCACCAGAUUCCAUGCUAAACCCAAGAAUGAGAUGCUUGCUAGUCCAUUCGAGUCUCGAGUACCUACAGAAUUGGGAUCUCCAACAACCCAUCAUUCGUCAACCCAACGCGUAGCUCGUCGAUGGGCUAUUCCAGUCCCCGCUCCUGGCUCAACCUCCUUGUCUAUCCAGCAAUCCUCCAACAUGCCUCAGACAGACGAUCAACCCAAACAUGAUCACCACACCCAUACCCAUAAUCACCCACCUCACCCAUUGGAGACUAUGGUCGCUUCUUUGCUCAAUCCACCAGAUUUGGACAAACGCAUCAAGGAUUACGAAUGGUAUACUCAAUAUCAUUCUUCUGAAGAACUCGAGUCGAAUACAAUAGGUGAAGAAAAAGAUUUGCAGUUGUAUAUUAAAGUAUCGAAAUUGUUUCAAGGUGAAUUCGAUCAUCAGCAUGAUAAUGAAUCCAGUAAUAUGAACAUUUUCAAUCCACAUACGACCAACACCAACACCAACACCAAUUUAAAUAGUCUAAGGUUAGGAUUGAAUUCUUCCAAUUGGUUAUCAACCACGAACACGAAUGAUAAUCUAUUGAUAAAUAGAGAUGAAUCUGCGAUGACAUCAGUAGAUAUAACCAAAUUAGAUGAAUUGGGUAAAGUUAAUUUGGGUUAUUAUGAGAAUUGGUUGAAAAGUAAUGUAACACAAUAA